GACUUGCUUUCGGACGCGCAAAAGAGGAAGAGAGAGACAAUGAGCUGCAAGCUUUCCUUCUUUAAUGGCGAUCUCUUCUGAACCCAAUUACUCGCAAUAAAACCCCGCUUGCUCACACAUAUACACUACGCAAACGCAGGACAUGGGUCACGAUCACCAUCUCAACACCAGCGAUGGCGUCUCGCACUCUCAGCGAGUCAACAGUCCACGCUUCUCUGGCUCAAUGACUCGUCGAGCUCACUCAUUCAAGCGCAAUAACAACAGCAACAAUGGCAGCUCCCGCACCUCCAUCGCCAAUAGCGCUAGCAACAGUCUCGGUCCCCACUGUGAGAUUGAGCUGCAAAUGAACUCGCCCAGAUCGGAGAUUGCUGCAAGCUUGAUUGCAGCUGAAGCGUUGGAGCCUGUUUUGGAAAGGAAACACGCCCAUCAUCUGACCCAGAGGAUUCAAGCAAGGGUCGUGAAGAGCUUUCUGAAGAAACCGAUUGAAUCCUUAGUCUUUGAUUUGGGCUUGAGGGAGAAGAAAAAGAUUGGGCACUGGAUGUUUAUUGUGUUCUGCGGGGUGUGCUUAUUUCUGGGUGUUUUGAAGAUAUGCGCCACUGGGUGGCUCGGAUCUGCGAUAGAAAGAGCUGAGUCGAGACAGGAUCUAUCCGGUUCCAUCACUAAUCCAAAUCUGAUGGAACAAAGGACCUAUGAUCAUGGAUAUCGGGAGGAAGGAGUUGAUGCUGAACGAACUCUAAAGAUGUUAGAAACAGGAGUAACUGGCAGCCAGACUGCUAUGGCUAAAGAAGCUGGCAUCUGGUCUAUACCCAACUAUGAGAAUUACAGUCAAUGCAUUGACCUGCCAAGAAAUCAUAAAAAGCUAGAUGCGAAGACAAAUGGUUGCAUUCUCAUAAAUGCUAAUGGUGGCCUGAAUCAGAUGAGGUUUGGGAUAUGUGAUAUGGUGGCUGUUGCUAAGAUUUUGAAGGCAACACUAGUCCUUCCUUCCCUUGAUCAUACUUCCUACUGGGCUGAUGAGAGUGGCUUCAAGGAUUUGUUUGACUGGAGAUAUUUUAUUGAGAUGCUGAAGGAUGAUAUUCACAUAGUUGAGACGUUACCAGCAGACUUUGCUGGAAUUGAGCCUUUUGUAAAAACUCAAUAUCUUGGUCUAAG